AUGUCAACAAAUCAAUUCACGGUAGAACCAUCGAGAAACGACUUUAUACACCUUAAUGAAGCUCUGAAAACAAACAAACCACUCCACUUCACGUCUCGGUAUUUAUAUCUAACUCUAUGGGGAGACGAGAUAAAAAACAACAUCCAAUUUAAAGAAGUGGUCGAUCGAAUGGCGGGAGCAACGAGCAACGUACAGUACGCACACGUGUCUCCCGUAGAACACGAUGAUAUUAAUCCAAGACCACACCAGCACAUGCUAAUAGUGCUAAAACGUCCAAAGUCGUUUAAAGCAAGACCCAUUAUAACACACGCAGAUGGAACCAAACAAACCUUUUGGUAUUCAAGGGUCAAUUCAUACACUUCCAGGACCGGCGAUAUCUCCGCGCUAGUAAAAUAUAUAACCAAGAAAGGCAAAGGCAUAUUCCAAGGAGAUCCAGAUAAAAAGGAAGAGCUCAAACAGACUUGGAUCAAUGCCUUAAACGACAUGGAUUCAUAUAGAGACUAUAAAGAGCUAGAACAGAACCUAAUGGAAAUUAAUGCAGAAAAAUACAUCCAACAGGAAGGACGCAUUAAGGCACGUUGGAUGAGAAAAAAUGCAAGAAGAAUUGAUAUGGAACAGUACACAAAAACAGAUUUAUUACCAUGGAGAGAGGACAUGGAAGAAAUUAAAACAAUUAGAAAAUGGAUAAAAUGCGCCUCUGGAGAUCGCUAUCGUAUGGGCAAUUUAUUCAUAGUAGGAUCGACUAAAACGGGGAAAACAGAAUUCGCUGUUCAGGAAAUAUUUAUGAAAUAUAACACGUUUAUGCUGCGCGGAGAUUCGCUAUUUGAUACUUACGACGACGAACAACAUUACAAAUUUAUAUUAUUUGACGAUAUUAACUACGAUAAAAAUACCAUUCGUCUAAUUAAAGCAAUAACUUCAACAAUAAACAAGAAAACCGUCGUAAACAUAAAGUAUUCAAAGGCAAUAGUAACAGCGAGACCUUGCAUACAUUUGCUUAAUCAAAAAGAGUACGAGAACGUAGUAAAUCUGAUGAGAGAAAAUGGAGGUUACUCAUGGUGGAGAAGAAACUCAUUAACAGUAUUUUUAGAUAAAAAGAUUUAUAAAGACCCCCAAGAAUCUGAAAAUUCAUCAGAAAACAUGCAAGAACAAGAAACAAAUUACGACCCCCAAAAGGACCUCGAAGAGAAAUACAAUGCUUUGGAAGAAAAAGAUGAAGAUACUACUAUACAAGAAGAAUACGCACCAGAGCACGUCUCGUUUUAUAAUAGAGUGACGUCACUACUGGAAGAACUGGGCUAUGAUGAUGAUUUCUUAUCCAACUUAGACGAGAAGAUAAAGGAAAAGAAAAAGAAUAAUCCUCGCUUAGAAAAAACGCUAAGAGAAUCACAACAAGACAAUGAAAGUAUGCAAGAAGAGUGGAACAAUGACUUAGAGGAAUAUCAAUCUUCCAAUCCUCUUGGAAUACCAAAAGAAGACUUCAAAGACUUCGAAAAAGAGACCAUGUCUUCUUACGAAAAACAGAGAAAUAGUUACUUUGCAAGACACAUGGAUUCUUCAUCUGAUGAUUACGAUGAUGAUGAAGAUUAUGAAGAUGAAGAAAUGAACAAUCCAAUGGAACAUAGACCAUUCGGAGGAAAAGAUAAUGAUAUGGAUAUCAUCUACGAUUAA